AUGUCAUCGAGCAAUGCUGGUUCUCGAUUUUAUGGCGACAAAGAGCUCUUUCAUGUUGUAAAUUCAGAUGAAGAGACGUCGACCACAACAAUUGCUGGAAAGAAGAAAAAGAAGAGAAUCGUGAAGGGCUCUGAAAAGGAGCAAAGGAAGAAAGGGAAGGCUGACGUCCAUGCAACAGAGUUAGCAGUUGGAGGAGAGAAGGUUGUUCCUCUAGCGACCGAGAAAACCACCAUUCCACCAAUGGGCCAUGAGCCAAGCAACAAAACUUCCGCCACGGACAAAGGUAAGGUUCCUCUCAAGGAAGAAGCAAUCAUUCUGCCUUCUCAUAUAUUCCAGGGAGGACCAACUAUAGCAGUCCAUAUGUUUGGCAACCCUCCAACCAUUGAAUGCUCCUUGCUGGAAGAAUUUGCAGCACAACUAACAGAAACCGAUUGUGUGAGGCUGAACUGGUUUAGGCUCGAGUUGAGAGGGACCAAGCUGAUCAAGAAGGUUGCUCUCGAGGAGAAGGCUCAGCAAGUGGAGGCCAAGGAGCAAGAGUUAGCCUCUGUGCAGGCUAAGUACAAUGAGCUGGAUGAAAAGCUCAAGGAGUAUGGUAACUUGAACAUCUCAAAGGAAGACCUUCACAAGUGGUGUGCUGCUUCUUGGUUCAGGAUGCUAUCCACAGGUGGAAUGGCGGCAGUCAUCGAGGAAAUGAACAUGGCUGCGACAGAGUAUGGAGGUCAUGCAGUUGCCGUUGCCGGUCUUAAGAGGCUUAAAAGCGAGAAACCCGUUAAGGCCAAGUGGUUCAAGCAGUUCCUGAAGGAGAGCCUCAAGAAAACCAUGCAUGAAGCACUGGUGAAGGCUCUUACUAAGCUAAGUGAUACUCCCACUAUCUUAGCUCGAGGGCCUGGUGAGGAGAUAUCAAUCCCUGAAGUUUCUGACAAGUAUAUUGGCAUCAAGCUCGAGGACGGGGAUGAUUUGGUCUCAGAGGAAGAAGAUGCAGGCAACUCUGGCGCCAAAGACAAUGAGCCUCCCGUCAAGGGGAACACUGGUGGAGCUACCGGAAGCACUCCUCAUUCCCAUGAAGAUAUAUGA